AUGAUGUACCCUAAAAGACAAAUCAUUGAACUGCUGUUUAUUGAUCAAUUUGACGUGAUUGAAAAAUUGACCAUUGAGUCUCAGAAUCAACCUUCACCUUAUGUGAUGAAAAGACGGUUUCAUCAUCAGAAUAAGAGAAGAUAUAAUAAUAAUAAUAAUAAUAAUAUUAAUAAUAUUCAAGGACAACAGUAUCGGUAUCAACAACAACAACAUCACCAUCACCAACCAAUUUAUAACCAAAAUUAUCAUAAUGGGUUAAAUAAUGUUCAUAACCCAGGUGCUAUUAACAGCAACAUCAACGACAAUAAUAACGGAAGAAUUGAAUAUAAGCAGUUUUCUUACCAAAACCAACAAUUCAAUCAAUAUAUGGCGCAACAGCCACUGCAACAAGCUCCGUCUCCUAUGAAAGGUCGCUUUGAUCAUUCUUUGAUGAGUCCAACUGUUACAGUAAACAAUAAUAUCAAUAACAAUACUAAUAAUAAUAAAAAUGGCGGACCUGCUCCAUUGGUGGAUUUAUUCAAUCCGUUUGAGCAGCAACAACAACCUUCUUUGUUCAAUAAUGGUAACCCAGAUAGUGGGUCGGGGACACGCAAUGACGGAUUUUACAAUGGGUUUCAAACACCCGAAACGACAACCAGAUCUCAGGAAAAUGGAUCGUCAACAACGUUCGGGUUUGGUGGAAUCGACAAUGGGAUUAGUGUGGGUGGAAAUGGAGGUGGAGGUAAGUUAUUCAAUAACAUUUGGACGGUGAAUUCCAAUUCUAAUGGAGGGUUUUCUACGGUGUGGGCGUAA